CCGAGAGCCCUGCGUUUAAACCGAGCGCGAGGAGGACAUGAGUGUUUUUUUGUUUGUUUGUUUCCACGCUGCCGUUAUUUAAAGAGCCGUUAACGAAAAUUCAGCUCAAACGACAACCGCUCUUUCAGUUCUCGACACAUUUGAGGCGAAUUCAGACUGCACGUCCCGUCUCUCGCCACUUUUUUGUCGUCUCACCUGCACUCGCCGUGCUCAGGAGAGGAGAGGUGCCCGGUAAUGGAUCAGGACAAGUACUUGCCAGAGCUGAUGGCCGAGAAGGAAAGCCUGGACCCCUCUUUCGUUCACGCCAUGCGCCUUCUGGCUGAAGAAAUUGAAAAGUACGAAGGGGAUGAGCUGAGAAAAGACGGGGAGGUGAAGAAGUACCUGGAUAUCAUCAGCAACAAAAACAUCAAGCUGUCAGAGAGAGUGCUUAUUCCAGUGCAGCAGUAUCCAAAGUUUAAUUUUGUUGGGAAACUGCUGGGGCCCCGGGGCAAUUCCAUGAAAAGAUUACAAGAGGAAACGGGAGCAAAGAUGUCCAUCCUUGGCAAAGGCUCAAUGAGGGAUAAAGGCAAGGAAGAAGAGCUGAGGAAAAGUGGGGAGGCGAAAUACGCCCAUUUGAGCAACGAUCUCCAUGUUUUAAUUGAAGUCUUUGCACCACCUGGAGAGGCCUAUUCCCGCAUGAGCCAUGCCUUGGAGGAGAUUAAGAAAUUCCUGGUUCCUGACUACAACGACGAGAUCAGGCAAGAGCAGCUCCGCGAACUCUCCUAUCUGAACGGCUCUGAUGACCCAAGCAGAGGGAGGAGCGUGCGAGGACGCGGCAUACGGCUCACCUCCACAGCUUCUACACGGGGUCGUGGGGGAGCAGUGCCACCUCCUCCACCCGGCCGUGGAGCUGCAGCCCCUGGGGGAACCGUGGGUACACGCACUUCCCUACCCACCACCAUGUUAGCUAGAGGAGUCUCGACCCCCAGGGCCAGAGGAACAUCAGGGACCCCCGGAUAUAGAGCCCCUCUGCUGCAGGCCACACAUGAAGCCUACGAUGACUAUGGCUAUGAUGACGGAUAUGACGGGGAAUAUGAUGACCAGAGUUACGAGGCUUACGACGACAGCUACAACAACCAGUCUAAAAGUGUUUCAGAAUAUUACGAAUAUGGACAUGGGACCAAUGAUGAUAACUACAACGAUUACGCAGAAGAGGAGUGGACUCAGCCUCGGCCAAGCCGCAAAGCUCCGACAGCAAGACUUACACGAGGGGGAUACAGAGAACACCCCUAUGGUAGAUAUUAAAGGUGCUCUAAAUCGGUGACCUCCCCUUACUGGCAACCUGACUUAAUAAUCUAACAGAACUCCAAAUCUAACCUCCCCUAAUUAAGGAGCAAGAAAGUGCUUACAGCAUAUGGUCCCUUCUCUUGUUUUGAUAACAUGACUUAUUUAUAGAACACAUCUAAGAAACACAAUCUAGAUCUGGCAAGGAUCCUGCAUAAACGAAACACUUUCAUUGGAAUGCUACUUAGAUGUUUUUUUGUUUGCUCCCCGGAAUCUAAAGCAUGGAGUUGCCUACGAAGUGAUGCUUCCUUGUUCUUGGCUACCAUUUCACCAAGUCAAAAACUGCUACCCUUAAGUAUUAGACACCCAUAUUGUACAUAACAUCUUUCUUAAUAUUUCUUGAUUUGAUGACAGUAAAUAAUGAGUUUGUAUAUUUGAUUUUGAUAUCAGUAUUGGGAUUGAAAGCAAUCAGAUAUGUAUGUAGCUACCUACAAGUGCUCUGCUUUGUGUGUAGCCUGUAUUUGUACAUAAAUAUGUAAUAAAAAGAACAUAAAGCACCUUGUGUAAGCUUCUCUAAAUAGGUGACCAUAAUUGUUAAAUUUUUGUUGCCAUAAUUUGUUAAUAGAACUGACAUCAUUUUUGUAAAAUUAGAUAAGUACAUACAUGUUUUUAGUAAUAAAUGCCUGUUUUAGUUGAGGAAACUGCUAAUAUGUUUGUUUUUUUAUAUACAUAUAUAUACAUACAUAUAUAUACAUUUACGUAACAAAGGAAGUUAACAAAAAGGAACUUUAGAGAGGUUGUCGAGUCGUUUUGUGUAACAAUAGAGAAGCUGCAUUAAUACAGUUUCAACUUUGUUAAAUAAUUUUAACACUAGCACUAAAUUGUUCAUUGAAUCUUGAUUCGUUAUUUAAAUGUUUAAGGUGUUAAUGGAAACCAACUGUUUAGAUCAAUAAAUUGACUUUUUUA